AUGCUUUUGGUCAGAAACUCGUUGAGGAUAGAUCCGAGUGCACACUUUUGUGGUACAAAUAAGAUCCCAGAUAUGGCGAGCCGGCUCACUUGCUGGACUGACACACAAACACAGACACUGAGAAACAGACGUACAGGAUUCGAGGCCGACAAAGGCGAGAGUUCGGACAAAAUUGUCAAGAGGCUGGCUAUAUCCGCGAUGUCGGCGGUGUCGGGCUCGAGUCUGGAGGGUCGGGGAGCCGAUGACGAGGUAGUCCGUGGGACGGGGUGUCAGAUGAUGAAGCGAGAAGAAGUUGUUUUGCCAACUGGGUUGUCAGGUCGAGAGGGUAGAGGCCAGAGCGGCUGCCCAUCACACCAGCCGAUUGGGUCUGGAUGGGGCCAGACCGGGCCGAGGAAGGGGACGAAGGAGGUGGAGAGGGGCGAGAGGGCGAGAGGGCGAGAGGGCGAGGCAAACCUCGGCCAAUCUGGGAUGCAACUAGCCGAUUGGUUGCUAGGCCAACCAGUCUGA